AUGGUUUCUAUGAUACAUUACCAUUUUAAUGAAGUUUCAUUUCAGAAGGAUCCCUCUCAAGAGUUUUUUGAACUUCCAGAGGUACUAGCAAAAUUUUACCAACAUGCCCUGUCCUUGGCCUUUGCUGUGAAGGAGAUCAAUAAGAAUCCACAAAUCUUGUCUAAUGUCACCCUUGGCUUCCAUAUCCAUGACAACUAUUAUCACCCAAUGAUGACCUAUCGGACCACCCUGGACAUGCUUUUCAAAUCCCAGCAAUUUUUCCCCAACUACAAAUGUGAUAUCAUGAAAAACCUCAUAGCCAUUAUUGGGGGACUCAGCUCUGAAACUUCGUCCUACAUGGCAGACAUUGUAGGCUUAUACAAGAUACCACAGCUGAUUUAUGGAUCUUUUACUCCUCUGGAUAGUUAUAAUGCCAGGAUGUCUUCCUUUUACUCCGUUGUCCCAAAUGAAUCUUCUCAGUACAUUGGGAUUAUCCAACUGCUUCAACAUUUUGGGUGGACCUGGAUUGGGAUAUUUACUACUGAUAAUUGGAAUGGAGAACGUUUCCUACAGAUCAUGGAGUCCCUCCUUUCCCAACAUGGAAUCUGUUCUGCUUCCAUUCAAAGAAUUCCAUAUUUAACACAAUGGGAUAAAUUUCAGGAAAUGAUUGACAAAACAACAAAUAUUUAUAACAGUAUAGCUGAUAAGAAGGUCAAUAUUUUUAUUGUAUGUGGAGACUCUUUGACAAUUGUAUGGAUGACUACGAUUAUAUUCAUGUAUGAUCCUGGAUUUGAGCAGAAUUCCUUGGGGAAAGUGUGGAUCAUGACUGCCCAGAUUGAUUAUGUCUUAACAGGAAUGCAAAGAAAGUGGGAUCAACAGUUCUUUGAUGGUGCCAUUUGUUUUACAAUUCACUCAAAGCAAAUUUUAGAGUUCAAGGAGUUCCUGAAGUUGAUAAAACCUCCUUGGAUUCAAGAAGAUGGAUUUUUCCCACUUUUCUGGGAACAACUGUUUGAUUGUUCCUUGCCAUCUCCUCAUUCGACCAUACUGGACAAUGACAUUUGCACAGGAGAGGAAAAACUGGAGGACAUUCCUGGAUCUCUUUUUGAGAUGCAGUUGACCGGGCACAGUUAUAGUAUCUAUAAUGCUGUCUAUGUAUUGGCUCAAGCUUUAUAUACUCUCUUCUUACUUCAGUCUAAUCGCAGGCAUUUGAGGAGACCUAAAUCAUCAAAAUAUGAAGAUGUAAAACCAUGGCAGCUCCACCAAUUUCUUAAAAGCAUGACAUUUAAUAAUUCUCUUGGAGAGGCCUUGACUUUUUAUGAUCAAACGAGUAUGGAAGGUGGAUUUGAUAUAAUCAACAUAGUCAUCUUUCCCAAUUCCACUUUCCAGAGACGCAAGAUUGGAAAAGUGGAUCCUGAUGCUCUGCAAGGACUGGAAUUAGUCAUUAAUGAGAACAUGAUCAUUUGGCAUCGAUCAUUUAACCAGGUGCUCCCCAUCUCUCUGUGCAAUGAAUAUUGUCACCCUGGUUAUCAGAAAAGGAAAGAUGAAGGGAAAAAAUUCUGCUGUUAUGAUUGUGUUCCAUGCCCAGAGGAAAAAUUUUCAAAUAAGAUUGAUAUGGUAGCUUGUAUCCAAUGUCCUGAAGAUCAAUAUGCAAACCAAGAAAGAAAUGGGUGUCUCUUGAAAAGGAUAAACUUUCUGUCUUAUGAAGAACCUUUAGGGUAUAGUUUAGCUUGUCUUGCUGUAGUUUUCUCCCUCAUUACAACAUGGGUGCUGGGAACUUUUAUUAAGCACAAAGACAGUCCUAUUGUCAAAGCCAACAACCGGGAUCUCACUUACACUCUCCUCCUCUCUCUUUUGUUUUCCUUUCUCUGCUCUUUGCUUUUUCUUGGACAACCCGGGAGAGUGACCUGUCUUCUCAGACAGUCUGCAUUUGGUCUCAUUUUCUCAUUGUCCAUUUCUUGUGUGUUGGCCAAAACCACUCUUGUUUCUCUUGCCUUCAAGGCCACCAAACCAGGAUCUCAGAUGAGGAUAUGGAUGGGGAAAAGACUUGCUGUUUCUAUUGUCCUUUCCUGCUCUCUCUUGCAAGCAUGCAUCUGUAUUGCAUGGUUAUCAACUUCUCCCCCAUUCCCAGAAUUAGACAUGCACUCAACAACUGAAGAAAUGGUUCUACAAUGCAAUGAAGGCUCAGUCUUUAUGUUUUAUUGUGUUCUGAGCUAUAUGGCCCUCCUUUCAUUUGCCAGCUUCAUUGUGGCUUUCCAGGCUCGUAAACUGCCUGACAGUUUUAAUGAAGCCAAGUUCAUCACCUUCAGCAUGCUGGCUUUCUGCAGUGUGUGGGUCUCCUUUGUUCCAACCUAUCUGAGCACCAGAGGAAAAGCCAUGGUGGCUGUGGAAAUCUUCUCCAUUUUGUCCUCUAGUGCUGCACUCCUAGGAUGCAUCUUUUCCCCCAAGUGUUACAUUAUUGUGUUGAGGCCUGAUUUAAACAACAAGAAACAAUUAAUAAAAAGACAUUCUUAA